AAUAGGAGUGGGGAAGCCAAGUGUUUUGUUGUGUUCCAUUUUUGUGAGUUCCACUGCCACAUCCAUAUAACAACUUGAGUCAUCAUCAACACAAUUCUUUCUUUCUUUAUUAUUUCUGCAUUGAUUCUUGGGGUUCCUAUCUAUCUAUAUACAUGCUUUUUGUUGUUGUAUAGUGUAGUGGUAGAAGAAGAAAUAGCAUAAAAAGGGAGGCAUUAUUAUUGGAAUGGAAAAAAAGAUAGUUGAUUACAUUUUGGUAUCAUCAGGAGUGGGAGUAAUGGUGGGAUAUCAUAUAUGGUUGUUUUAUAGGAUUAUCACCCAUCCUAAUAAGACCGUCAUCGGUAUCAAUGCUAUCAAUCGUCGCUUCUGGGUUCGUGCUAUGAUGGAGGAUGCAUCAAAGAACGGCGUCCUCGCUGUCCAAACGCUAAGGAACAACAUAAUGGCGUCUACUCUUUUGGCAUCGACGGCGAUAAUGCUCUGUUCUUUAAUCGCCGUCUUAAUGACAAGCGGCGGCCAUGGCGAAUCUCCAUUAGUAGUACUCGGUGAUACAAGUCAGUUCAGUUUCUCAAUCAAAUUCUUCGCCAUUUUGCUUUGCUUUCUCGUGGCGUUUUUGUUCAAUGUUCAAUCCAUUAGGUAUUAUAGCCAUGCCAGCAUUCUCAUCAAUACACCUUUCAAGAAAAUUGCAAUCGACGAUCACCAUCAACGCCUCACAGCGGAAUACGUGGCAGCGACGGUGAAUAGAGGCAGCUAUUUCUGGUCCUUGGGAUUACGAGCCUUCUACUUCUCAUUUCCUCUGUUUUUGUGGAUCUUUGGACCUAUUCCUAUGUUUUCCUCUUCAUUUCUGCUUGUUUUUAUGCUGUAUUUCCUUGAUGCUACUUUUGAAUUCUGCUGGACGGAGGGGAAUUUGGAUUACCUUCCUCAAAGAGACGAAGAAGAGGAGAUUGGGAAAUAGGGUUUUUCUAUGUCCGUCGUUAUAUUACUGUUUAUUUGAGAUAUUUUUAGGUGGCAAAUCCUCAUAGCGUCCAUUUUCAACUACUCUCGACCCGACCGAUCAAAAGGAACCGACUUUAGUUUAGGGUCAUACUUAUACUAGGCUCGUUCAAGUCGGUAUUCUACCCGAUCGGUCGAUUUGAGUCCGCUAAAAAUUUAGGGAAAAAAAUUUGUCAAUGAUGUCUUUAGUUGUGAGGUUCUAUAAUCACGUGAAUAGAGCUAUCUAUUCCUAGCCAAACUUUUUGAUUUAUAGUUAGUUAGCGAUGUCUAAAUUAACUUGUAUAUUUCUAAUUUGUCUUCAAUAUUUUAAUAAUUUUUAUUAGUGCUUACUUUGAUUUUAAUUUUUUUUUAGAAAAUGUAAAAAUAUAG